AUCUUAUCUUCUGCAAUAAAUGGGUGACUGCACUUUUACCGGAGCGAUCUGAACUGUUUACUUUGUAAAUUUCCUGGAUUUCAUCCGAAUUUUGCCACUGAUGGAAGACGAAAUAUUGAUAGUCCCCAGCGGAGGACCCGAGUCCUACUGCCGUUUGUGCUUGUCGGAGUCCAAUGUGGAAACACUCUUGUUUCCAGAUGUUUACACCGAACCGAGUUCAACGCUAAUUAAACUCAUCAGGCGGUACGUACGAAUCCGAUUGCCACUACAGGACAGUACGGUCUGUGCCAUCUGCAACCCCUGUCGGAUGAUGCUGGAGGAAAUCAAUCGUUUCACAGAGCACUGCUUACGUUGUGAUGUUGUGCUCAGAGGUGAGAAUGCAACCCAUGGCCAAGCCAAAGACGACGAAGCGUAUUCUGAGAUGGGUAUGCAUUCGACUUCCGGGUGUGCCCCGGUGGAAAUAGACGGUUCAGAGGACGAAAGUGCUUUGCAAGUGGAAGAUAGGGCUUGUCCUACGUGUGGAUUGACUUUUGAUACAGUUCAAGAAAUGAGAACGCAUGCCAGAACGAAUCACGGUGAAUAUCCAUCGUUAUACGAGUGUCCCAAAUGCCCAUCGAAGUUCAAAAAUAAAUCAGGGUACACUUUGCAUUUGAAAUCUCAUCGCGAUAAUACGCCCUUUCAAUGCAAUGUUUGCGAUAGUGGCUUCUAUACGCGGAAGUAUAUUCGUGCCCACAAAGCUGUUUAUCACAAUGAUUCGUCAGCAGACUCCGCAAAACUACACAAAUGCAUUGUGUGUUCCAGAAUUUUUGCAUCAGAGGCACAUCUGAGUCAUCAUUUGAGAUACUAUCACGAGGAUGAUGCGGGGAAGGAUGGCGUGAAAACUAGAAAAACGAAGAGAAUGAGAACGAUUCCGACUGAACAAGUUCAGCCAAUGGAAGAGCUCUUGAUAACGCCAAUGUAUCCAUCUUUUAGUGGAGAAAUCCGGGAAGAAUCAUUUGAGAUUCCAGUUGCGGUGCCCCCACUUCACGAAGAACCUUUUGAAAUUCCAGAGGCGGUGCCCCCACUUCACGAAGAAUCAUUCGAAAUUCCAGUGGCGGUGCCCCCGCUUCCGGAAGCCAUUCCACAGGCGCUAGACAACGACAAUAAACCGUUCCAAUGUCCUGAUUGUAAUAUUGGUUACCAUUUCAUCGGUUCUUUGAAACGACAUAUGAGGGAUGUGCACCGUCGCUUUUAUGGACCAAGAGCCAAAUUAGCUAGCCAAAUAAAUAUGGCUCAAAAUCAUCAAUCAACCACCGUGACAGCUCAAACAACGCUAGAGCCAGUUGCCUUGGUAUCAACGAUGGAUGAUGCAAAAUGGAUGAAGCAAAAUGGAGCAAUAGAGGAUUCGAACAUUCACUCGACUUCCUGUAGUGAGGAAGUUGCGUUUAAGGAUGGUAUCGUAACACAACCAUGCUCGGUGCAUUUGAGACGACUUGAUGACAAAGCUUUUCCACCCAUCCCGAAUCUAGAGAUUCCAUUGGGGAAAUUUUACCACGCUUUACAAGUACAAGCGCAACAGAGUGUUCCAGAAAACGCUCUUGAUGACGAAUUGCUCAGCAACUACCCUUCCUUCGCUGGGGUAAUGCUACAAAAGUUCGUCUGUGAAAUUUGUCGCAAACCGUACAAAUCUCGAAUGGCACUGAGAUCGCACAUGGCUCGCCAUAAUGAUCCGGCGGUUGAGUACAAGUGUCCUAUCUGUGAUCGGACGUUUCCGAAAAAAGAAAGCCUCAAUCGUCACAUACCACUGCACACGAACGAAUUUCCUCAUCCCUGCGACGAGUGUCCAUUGGGGUUCGUACGGCGAUCGGCUCUGGUGAAACAUAAGCAGCGUUAUCACGGAGAGGAUCCACACCCACUGAAUCUGCUCCAGUGUUUGUUCUGUCCUAGAGUGUACGCAAAUCUAAGCAGUCUUCGGGCCCACAUGACAACAUUGCAUGAUGUAACCGAGAAUGGUUCGGUCUUCAUUGGUGCUGAGGGCUAGAUUUGUUGUUCUGUAUUCAAUUUGUUUUUUUUUCUUUGUCUUUUCGUCAUCAUAUAUAUACUAAAGAUGUUUAAUAAAUAAUAGAUUCCAACAA